GCCGGGGGACGGCGGCGCAGUCGUGGGUGAGCGGUUCGGCUGCCGCCAUCUCGCCAUGGCUCGGGAAUUCGAGCUGUGCCCUGGGCGCCGCAUCGGCGGCGACCAGCCCUGCUUCAUUAUCGCCGAGAUCGGGCAGAACCACCAGGGCGACCUGGACAUCGCCAAGCGCAUGAUUCGCAUGGCGAAGGACUGCGGAGCAGAUUGUGCUAAGUUCCAGAAGAGUGAACUGGAGUACAAAUUCAACAAGAAAGCCUUAGAAAGGCCCUACACCUCUAAACACUCCUGGGGAAAGACCUAUGGGGAGCACAAGCGCCACCUGGAGUUCAGUCAUGACCAAUAUAGAGAGCUAAAGAAGUAUGCGGAGGAGAUUGGCAUUUUCUUCACAGCUUCUGGCAUGGAUGAGAUGGCUGUGGAAUUUCUACAUGAACUGGAUGUUCCAUUUUUCAAAGUAGGAUCAGGAGAUACAAAUAAUUUCCCUUAUUUGGAAAAGACUGCAAAGAAAGGUCGCCCAAUGGUGAUUUCCAGUGGGAUGCAGUCGAUGAACACWAUGCAUCAGGUUUAUCAGAUUGUGAAGCCCAUCAAUCCAAACUUCUGCUUCCUGCAAUGCACCAGCGCGUAUCCGCUUCAGCCAGAGGAUGUCAAUCUCCGUGUUAUAUCGGCUUAUCAGUCAGCUUUUCCUGAUAUCCCCAUUGGCUACUCGGGGCAUGAAACUGGCAUAGCCAUUUCAGUGGCGGCUGUUGCUAUGGGUGCUAAAGUAGUGGAACGCCAUGUGACUCUUGACAAAACAUGGAAAGGAAGYGACCACCAAGCAUCUCUGGAGCCCAAUGAACUGGCAGAGUUAGUGAAAGCCAUCCGUACUGUGGAAAAAGCAAUGGGGUCUCCAAUCAAACAACUCUUGCCCUGUGAAAUGGCUUGCAAUGAAAAGCUGGGAAAGUCGGUAGUGGCAAAAGUGGCAAUUCCUGAAGGUGCAGUAUUGACACUUGACAUGCUGACGGUGAAGGUGGGAGAGCCAAAGGGAUUUCCCCCAGAAUCCAUCUUUGAUCUGGUGGGCCAGAAGGUUAAAACAAGUAUUGAAGAAGAUGAAACCAUCACUGAGCAAGUAAUGGAAAAUCACGUAAAAAAAGUGAAGUGCUAAACCAAAGCACUCCAUUCCAUAU